AUGGCUACAUUUAAAAGGCUAAGUGGUAUUAGAGUGGUAAACGCUAUUAAAUUUUAUUUUGAUCAAGCAAGGAAAAAGGAAUACAAAUUUGAAAAAAUAUCUUCACUAAGAAAUCUGGGUUUAGGCUGAUGUAUAAGUUUCCUUCCGAUAGCCCAUCCUGCGGGGCAUAUGGAUAUAGAAGCUGAUACUAUAAAUACACAUAAUAUAACUAAAAUCAAAUCCCAAGCAAUAAUUAUUAAAGAGGAAUUUACUAUAUAUGGUGGCAAGUAUUCAUUUAUAUUUAUUAAAACUCAACUUUCAAAAUUCUCAAUCAAAGGUUUAACACUCUUUUUAACUCAGAUUUCAAUUAUCUUUACAGUUAUGAUGAAAAUCUCAAUGGAACAGAACUAUAUAUUUAUGACAUUGAAGCUAAAACAAUGACAUCCUCUCUUGCAAUAA